CCAAAACCUUUCGUUCUUCCGAAACCAAGAAACCGGUUCCGGUGCAACCGCAACCCACCGGUGAAGCUGUUUUUGUUGAAUAUCGUCACAAUUAUCCCCAACAACAGUGCAUGACUCAUCGCCAAAAGCAAUGUCCGCUGCACGACGAUUCAACGUUUGGUCAUUCCGUACCACACUCGCAGCAAUUCUUCUUGUCCAAUUGCGUUUGCCGCUGUCUUUCGGUCAAUCACAAGGUUCAAACCAACAAAACAAAGCCAUGUCCGAGGCCGUCGAUACGCAGUUUGUUGGACAGUCGAACGAUUUCGCCAUCAAACUGUUCCAGCAAGUAAGCGCUCAAAAUGCCGGUGAAAAUGUGGUCAUCUCUCCGUUUUCGAUCAGUGCAUGCCUUUCGCUGGCGGCCAUGGGUGCCGGUGGCCUCACCGCGGAACAAAUGUUCACCGGCCUUAACUACGGUUCGGCAGCAAGCGCAAAGUCAACGGUGGCGGACAACUACCGGCGUCUGUUAACGCGGCUCGAAUCCGACAGCACCGUAAACGUGGCCAACAAGAUCUACGUGAUGCAGAACUACGGCAUCAAGAGUGCUUUCAACGCGAUCGCAACCAACAGCUUCCGGUCGGAGGCGGAAUCGGUUGACUUCUCGCAGAGCGAGGCGGCAGCAAAGACCAUUAACGGUUGGGUCGAGAGUAAGACGAACAACAAAAUCAAGGAUCUCAUCUCGCCCGACUCGCUGGAUGACCUGUCGCGUAUGGUGCUGGUCAAUGCGGUUCAUUUUAAGGGCACCUGGGCGUACCAGUUUAACCCGCAGCUUACCCGACCGUUCCCGUUCUGGACGAGCGAAACGGAGUCCCGCGACGUGCCGAUGAUGAACUUGAAGAAGGAUUUUGCGUACAACAACUUCGAGGAUCAAGGAUUCUCCGCCCUGGAGCUGACGUACAGUGGUAGCGACAUGACGAUGCUUGUGCUCUUGCCGAACGAACGGACAGGGUUGGCCGCACUGGAACAGAAGCUGCCCAGCUUGAACUUUUCCGAGUUGACCGCGAAGAUGCACAAGCAGGAGGUUGAAGUGUUCCUGCCCAAGUUCAAGAUCGAAUUCACGCGCGAUCUUAACGAAGAUCUGAAGAAGCUUGGCAUGGAUCGCAUGUUUUCGGAUUCGGCCGAAUUCCCCGACCUGCUCGAGCAGGAUGAACCGUUGAAGGUAUCUAAAGUGGUCCACAAAGCAUUUAUCGAAGUGAACGAAGAAGGCACCGAGGCGGCCGCCGCAACCGCGGCAGUUGUGCGCAUGAAACGGUCCUUGCCACCCAGACCUGUUCGAUUCGUCGCCGAUCGUCCGUUCUUGUACGGUUUGCUGCUGGGGAAUACACGGCAGGCGAUAUUUUUCGGUCGCCUUGCGAAACCCAACUCGGCCACCUCCCCUGCGGUGGCUCGCGAUGAGCUGUAGAUGCGGCGACGCAAUCGGGCGGCCGUUAUCUAUACUAGGGCAAGCUAGAGCAUUAGCAAGGGCUCGAGGGCGGACACUGUGUCAGCUUCGAUCGAUUAAUCACCCUGCACGUUAUCAUAUUCGAGUCACAGCCGCGCCAUGAAACGGAGUAGCUCAGUAUUUGUCAUUGUAAACGAGACUUAGCAAGCAAGCGACUACCGCCAUCUCCUUACCUUCCCUUCCCAUUGACCUACAUGGUGCACUCGAUCAUCCUCUCUCCGAAGUUGCAGUAUUUUAUAAACUCCUAUUUGUUUCUUGUUCUCUUUUACAUGGACUCAUCCAACCUCUCACACUACAUCGCAC